CCGUGUCAUGAACAUGGGCCAAAAACACCCCAAGCUCCGUAAAACCGGUUUUAUGGCCGGAGGUGAAGCACCGUAGAUAAAGUAAGACUGUGCAGGAGUUCCAUCAUGAAGAGGAAUAGAGAAGACAUGGAGAUUGUGUGGCAAACUCCGGCGAACCCACCGGAGCGCCGUGAUUAUAUCUUCCGGAACGGAAUUCGCUAUGUUAAACCCUACUACUUCGAAUUCAUUUCUCAUGCUAAGAAUCGCUGGGCCGGGAAGACCAUCGUUGAUCUGUUUGCUGAAGAGUUCAAAGGUCGAAAUCGUGAUUACUAUGAUUCUGCUGUUAAGUCUGGUCGCAUACAAGUAGAUGGAAAGACAGUGCCUGUUUCAUACAGAGUUCAGUCAUCACAAAAGAUUAGUCACUUUGUACAUAGGCAUGAACCGCCAGUGAUGGCUUUGGAUGUCAAAAUUCUGCACGAAGGAGAAGAUGUACUCACUGUUUAUAAGCCUGCAUCAGUUCCAGUACAUCCAUGUGGUCAAUACCGUAAGAACACAGUUGUUGGUAUUCUUCAGGCAGAACAUGACUUAGCGCCUGUCUUUCCUGUUCAUCGGCUAGAUCGUUUGGUCUCUGGACUUCUUAUUCUUGCAAGAAGUGCUUCUCAGGCUGAUCUUUUCAGGCAACAGAUUGAAUCUGGAAUGGUGCAGAAACAGUAUAUUGCAAAAGUAGUUGGGGAAUUUCCUGAGGAGCAAGUUGUUAAUUUGAGGGUAAAUUUCAAUGCUCGAGAAGGAAGGAGUACCACAGAGCCCGAGGACAUGGAUGAAAAAGGCAAUGCUACCUCAAAUGGAAAGGCUGCAUGUACAAAAUUUACAAGAAUUUCUACCAAUGGGAAAUAUAGUAUCGUAUCAUGUCACCCAAUCACCGGAAGAACCCAUCAAAUUCGUGUGCACCUGCAAUCUACCGGUCAUCCGAUAGCCAAUGACACACUCUACCUCACUGAAUUUGUCGAUGGUGGUUCUAGAAGAACAUUUAUUGCUCAUAAAGGUACCGUUAAGUCGAGCCAUUCGUUGGAUUCCAAGUCUAACGAUGAUUGCAUUAGUGAAUCUCAAGAGUUGAUCGAAGAUUUUGGCAUUGAUCCAAUGUGCACAAAUUGCCCAAACUUGGCGCCAAUCGGAUAUGAUGGGAGUGAAGAAGGUUUGUGGCUUCAUUGUGUUAGAUACAGUGGACCUGGUUGGGUAUAUGAAUGUCCAUAUCCACACUGGGCAUCUCUUUAACCUAUUAAAUCUUUUUUAUUUUAAAAUUAUUAUUAUUAUUAUUA